AUGUCUGCCGCUCCCACUGGGAAGUGUACUACAAUUGAGGACAUCAGCAACACCCACUGCUCAAGCCCUACAGAACUGAAGAGGCAACUAGAGAGGCUCAGGUAUUCACAGAAUAGGGACAAUAUAUUAAAGAGACACCGUCAAAUAAAAAUUGAUGUGGGUAAAGUUGAUGUGGGUAAAGCCGACAGCAAUGGCCAUGAAGAUGAUACACACACACCUGUGUCCAUAACCAUUGAUAUAUCAAUUAUGCCAAAUUCAUGUCAAUCACAUGGAGGCAUCUCUUGUGACAAGGAGAAUAAUCUAGCAUACGAUGAUGAAUCCAAUUGGUUGCACAGGAAUGAUGCGUAUCAGGUGCAACAUAUUGCUGGACGAAAGAGAGCUGUUGCUAUGCCUCAUGUCCGUACUACAAGGCAAACAAUUUCCAACAUCACAAAGGAUGAUGCCCAAGGCAAUACAGGGCCCCUCACACAGCUGUCAGGGAUUGAGAUACCCAUAGUCGGUACAGUUGACAACCUACCUAACCCAGAAAGCACAAAUGAAGAUGCUGGCAUAGAGCUUCUAAGUGGCUCCAAUCAACCUCAUAUUAUACCAUCUAAUGAUGACAACCGAGAGAUUGAAACAGACCCAGAUGCUGGUCAAACCACUCAAACUGUGCCAACUACUAUUGGCAGCCCUGUGUCUACUAAAACACGUAUAGUAGGCAACGACCAAAUGAUGAUCCAUAUGGAAUAUUUGAGCCCAUUGUUCAUGAAACCAAUUUAUACGAUUGCUUUGGGACGGUGCAACGUGGAGAACCAACAGACCAUCAUGAGCCUGACGAAGAAGCUAGAAUGUUUACUGAAAAAGGAAAGUCAUCCUUCACGAGCAAUACCGAAAGCAAAUACUGAGGAAUUCAUAUACCGGAACCUACCUGAAAAGCAUCAUGUCCUAAGAAAGGUACCGGACUGCCAACAUUGUGGAGCAUUACGGUUUCCGUAUGAGGGGCCUGCAUUUUGCUGCAGAAAGGGAAGAGUAUCAAUUGUUACUCCAGAGGUUCCAGAAGAGUUGAAACGAUUAUUCACAAGUCAAGAGGACGAUGAUGCUAAAUAUUUUCGAGAAAAUAUUCGGUAUUUCAACUCGCACUUCUCAUUCACAAGUCUAGGAGUCACCCUUGAUCGUCGAGUCAGCACGGCUGCAAGAACUGUCGUAUAUACAUUUCGGGUAUCUCAAGGGUUGUACCAUGCUCUUGAUAAUCUGGUGGCAGCUGAUAAUGGCCCUCGACAUUUGCAGCUCUAUAUUUAUGAUACAGAUGAAAACUUGGUUCACAGGGUUAAGAGGUCUCCAGAUCUUAAUAUAGAUGUUAUACGAACGAUUUUGGAAAUACUAGAGCGGAACCCUUAUGCACAGAAUACUAAUGCUGUCAAGCAAUAUUUAGAUGAUAACACGAUGCAAGAAACAGUGUGUAACGACGCACCGCAUGAAGACCAUGCCACUAAUUUACCUGAAGAUGACGAGGAUAACCCAGAUGAGGAUUUUGGUGAUAAUGAGGAAAAUGCAACAAAACCCAGGAAAUUUGUUAGUGCGAGGGAAUACUACUGCUUCAAACUGCAGGUCAGGAAGAAGCUUUUUAACAUAAUCUUGUUCGGGGGGCGCCUUUUCCAACAGUGGGCUGUUGACAUGUAUAUAAAAAUCGAGACUAUGAGGCUUGACUGGUACUCAAAGCCGGCAAAUCAGAAGGUUUUACGCGCUGACCUCUACCAGGGUCUUGUUGACACCGUCGUUGCUGGUGAGUCACGCGGUGAUCGGAUUGGCAAGAGAAUUGUGCUUCCACGUACAUUUCCUGGCGGGGACCGUGAUAUGCAGCGAAGGUUCCUAGAUGCGAUGGCAAUAGUUCAGCGGUGGGGUAAACCGGACUAUUUUAUCACGAUGACUUGCAAUCCGUAUUGGGAGGAGAUAACCGAGAAAUUGUUUCCUGGACAAUUGCCACAAGACCGUCCAGACCUUGUGGCAAGAGUAUUCAAAGCGAAACAGCGAGAUUUGAUGAACUUGCUGACUAAGGGUAAGCACGUCGGAGAAGUCGCAGCUUAUGUACAUGUCACUGAGUUUCAGAAACGAGGCCUCCCGCAUGAACAUAUACUUCUAAUCAUGAAAGCAAAAAACAAGUUAGCGACCCCACAUGACUAUGAUCGGGUGAUAUCUGCAGAGAUACCCGACAAAGAGAAAUACCCUGUUCUGCAUGAUUUGGUCAUCAAACACAUGCUGCACGGACCCUGUGGUGAGUUGAAGAAAAGCUAUCCUUGCAUGAUUGACGGCCAAUGCCGGUUUCAUUAUCCAAGAGAAUUUUGCGCUGCCACACAGCAAGGGAAAGACUCAUAUCCCAUCUAUAGAAGAAGGGACAACGGGCGUGGAGUCAGGAUUAGAGGAGCAGAUUUGGAUAACAGAUGGGUCGUCCCUUACAACCCCUUUCUGCUUAUGCGAUACAACUGCCACAUUAAUGUCGAAGCAUGCUCGAGUAUCAAGGCAGUCAAGUACUUGUUCAAGUACAUCUACAAAGGUCAUGACAAAGCAUCCUUUGCAUGCGAGCAGGAUAUCAUCAAUAGUGGUGGAAUCAUCAAUGAAAUCCGACAAUAUAGAGAUGCACGCUUUGUAUCUCCUCCAGAUGCAAUGUACCGGAUUUAUGGUUAUAAAUUAUUUGGUGUAAGUCCAUCAGUGCUGCAACUCCAACUUCAUUUGCCAAACAUGAAUCCAGUCGCAUUUAAUGCCUAUGAAAAUCUGGAAGAUGUUGUUGCUCGACCAUCUUCUUCCAAGUCCAUGCUUACCGAGUACUUUGAGAUGAACCGAAAGUUUCCGGCAGCACGGAAAUGGUUGUACAGAGAGUUUCCAGAACAUUACAGAUGGAUUGCUGGAAAUAAGAAAUGGCAGAAUAGAAGAAAUAAGAGAUCGCAAAUUGGAAGACUUGUGUAUGCACACCCUGCUGAAGGAGAUAGGUACUACUUGCGUGUGCUCCUAAGUCAUGUCCGAGGAGCCACUUCAUUUGACGGUUUAAAAACUGUAAAUGGCAAGCUAUGCAAUUCCUUUAGGCAGGCAUGUGAGCACUUAGGCCUAAUUGAGCACGAUAGGACCAUUGAUGAUUGCAUGACGGAGGCAGCCACAUUUCAGAUGCCUUGUGCCCUAAGAAGGUUGUUUGCGACUAUACUUGUAUUCUGCGAGGCAACAAAAAUCCGACAGAUGUGGGACAAACAUCUAGCAUCAAUGUCCGAGGAUUACCGUCUUAAUCAAUCAAAUGAGGCAGCAAUAGAGCAAAUGGUCCUUAGAGAUAUCAGGGAUAUGUUACAAUCCAUGGGAAAGGAUAUUACAAGCUUUGGACUUCCAGAUCUGGUUGAUACCAAUGGUUCCUAUGACGCGGAGUAUAGAGAGGUAGUAGAGGAGAGGCAAUUAACCGCAGACAACGAACAUCUAAAUCUACUUCACAGUUUGAACAGUGAACAACUGAUUGGUUUCAAUGAUAUAAUGGAUCAUGUGAUGAACAAAAAAGGCCAGAUAUUCUUCGUUGAUGGUCCAGGAGGCACUGGCAAGACAUACUUAUACAAGGCAUUGCUUGCGAAGGUGCGCUCCAUGGGCCUAAUAGCGAUCGCAACUGCUACAUCAGGUAUAGCAGCGUCGAUAAUGCCUGGAGGCCGUACUGCGCACUCUAGGUUCAAAAUUCCAAUCAAGCUCAAAGAUAACAGCAUGUGUAGUUUCACAAAGCAAAGUGGUACGGUGGAGUUGCUAAAACAGGCGUCCUUGAUAAUUUGGGACGAAGUUGCUAUGACCAAACGUCAAGCAGUUGAGACACUUGAUAGAUCGCUCCAAGAUAUAAUGGAAUGUCCCUUGCCGUUUGGGGGGAAGGUUGUCGUCUUUGGUGGGGAUUUCAGGCAGGUCCUUCCUGUUGUGACACGUGGGACAAGAGCACAGAUCACGGAUGCAACACUUCUGAGAUCCUAUCUGUGGGAGAAGACACGUAAGAUACGCCUCACGCGGAAUAUGCGGGCACAAGCUGAUCCUUGGUUCUCCGAAUAUCUCCUGAAGAUCGGCAAUGGAACAGAAGAGACAAUUGGCGAUGACUAUGUGCGUCUCCCUGACGACAUUGUGAUCAGAUAUACCGAGGAUGAAAAAGCUAUAAACACGCUCAUCGAAAAUGUCUUCCCGUCUCUGCAUGCCAAUGCUAGAUCAAGAGAAUACAUGAGUGCACGUGCAAUCCUUUCGACCAAGAACGAGCAUGUGGAUGACCUAAAUGACAAGAUGAUUUCUAGGUUUCCUGGCAAAGAAAGGUUAUAUCAUAGCUUCGACUCAACCGAGGAUGACUUCCAGAAUAAUUACACUAUUGACUUUUUGAACUCGAUCACACCAAAUGGCUUGCCCCCGCAUGUUUUGAGAUUAAAGGUCAACUGCCCGGUCAUUCUGCUCCGAAACCUUGACCCUCAUAAUGGCCUGUGCAAUGGAACACGGCUUAUGAUCAGAGCCUUCCAGGAUAAUGCAAUCGACGCUGAGAUUGUUGGUGGUCAGCAUGCUGGAAAGAGGGUAUUCAUUCCUAGGAUCCCUAUGUCGCCCUCGGAUGACAUCUCACUUCCCUUCAAACUAAAGAGAAAACAGUUCCCCGUCCGCCUAAGUUUUGCGAUGACCAUUAACAAGGCACAGGGUCAGACCAUACCAAAUGUCGGUAUUUACCUUCCCGAGCCUGUAUUCUCACAUGGACAGCUAUAUGUUGCACUGUCAAGGGGAGUGUCAAGAAAGACGACACGGAUUUUGGCCAAGCCGAACAAUGAGGUUGAUAAAUCCGGGAAAAGCACCAAAAACAUUGUCUAUCGUGAUGUUUUAGAGGAAUGA